GCCCCGCGACGCCGCGGCCGGAGCGGCGGCCGUCGGGCUGCGGCGGCGCGCUGGGGCGCUCACCGGGCUCGCCGGGCGGCAGGGGCAGGCCGUGGCCGGCGCCCUCCGACGAGGGCCUGCGGAUCCACGCGGAUGCACUCCUCCUGGUCUCAGAGCGCCCCGGGCAGCUCCUCCUCGACGAGCCCAUCCAAGGCGUCCCUGGCGCUGACGCUGCGGAGCGCCGCCGUCAGGCGGCUCCACUGGGCGCUGGCGGAGCUGAAGGCCUCUGCUGAGGCGGCCGGCGCCGCCGGCGCCAGGCGGAGCGCCGCGGAGGCGAUGUCGCGGCGGGUGGCGCAGCUGGAGCACUCCGUCGAGGAGGGGCAGCAGGAGGCCCAGGCCCAGCGCGAGUCGUGGCACUCGGAGCUGGCCGGCCUGCAGGCGUACGCCCAGACGGUGGCGGCAGCGCACGGAGCCGCCUGCCUCCAGCUGAAGGACGCUAGAGUGGAGGAGGGGUUCCUUGCUGCGCACUUGGCGCAGGCCGAGGGUCAGCUGGCGCGCCAGGGCGCGGAUGAGCGGGCGGAGGCGGCACGCGAGCGCCGCGCGCGGGAGGAGCUGCGCGGCCAGCUCCAGGAGCUCUGGGACGGCUACCGGCGGUCCGAGCAGCAGAGCGAGGCCAGCGCCGCCCGCUGCGCGGAGUGCGUCGAGCUGCUCCGGAGGUCGGAGCACUCCUGCGCCCAGCUGGAGGCGCGGCUGGCCCGCAAGGCCCAGUGGCGCGACGAGGCCCAGUGGCAGAUCAGCCAGAUGGUGGAGCGCGGCGAGGGUCUCGAGCACGAGCGCGCGCAGCUCCGCCGGGAGCUGACCGUGGCCCAGCAGCACUGCAGGGUUCAGGCCGACCAGGUGGGCUCGCUGCUGAGCGCUUACGAGCAGGAGGAGCAGCUGGCAGAGAUCAUGCGGGCGCGCGUCUGCGCGCUGGAGCAGGACAAUGCCGAGCUGGCAGAGCGGGUGGCCGAGCAGCGCGCGGCCCGCGCGGAGGACGCCGAGGAGCACGGCAAGGAGGUCGCCGCCGUGGAGGGCGAGCGGGCGCGCGCUUUCGCCGUGCUCGCGGAGGCGAGGCGCGACGGCGAGGCCGCCGAGGCCCGCGGGGCGGACUGCGCCAGGGCCCGGCUGGAAGCCGCCUGGGGCCGCGAGCGCGCGCAGUGGUCGCUGUCGCACGCGGGCCUGGAGCGGCGAAUCGACACCCUGCAGCAGGAGCUGCAGUCGGCACGG